AUGCGGGAUUGGCUGUUGUUGUGCGGCUGCCUGGCCGUGCUCUCUGCACGUGUGGAAGCCCAGUCGCUCCCCCAUGAGAAGAGGGGCCUGUUCGGCCUGUUCCCCUCCUCGCCGGCGUCCGCGCCCGGCUCCCAAGCGUCCGGCCCGCCCCGCGACCCCUCUGCGCCCGUCAACGGCUCCUGCAAGGCCCUGCCCCUCACUCGAGACACCUGGAAAUCGCUCAACUUGGACGACUAUCUGCGCGCCUAUCCCGGCGGCGACCAUCUCACGGUGGCGCAAUACGCCGCGUCCAAGGGCGCGCCGAACUUCGACUGCGGUGUCGGGAACCAAUGCAACGCUAACCAGCUAUGCUUCCCCGUCCCCGCCCCGGACUGGUACGUGCUUAUGGCGAUGCAGCAAUGGAACGUCCAGACCAACUCCAUCGUCCGCGCUUUGUCCUACGGGGUCAACUUUGUCCAAGCCACCAUAUCUAUAAUCUUGUCCGCCCUAUUUCCGGCGAUGGAUCCACGCAUGAUCCAGAUGAUGAAGCUCAACUUCGGCGUCAACGGGGCGUUCAACAUGGUCUGCAACACGCUGAUCCUGGACAUCUUGGUCAUGUUCAACAACGCCCAGCUGGGCUGGAACAUGUUCUUCAACAUCCUCAACAACGUCAUCACUGCUGCGUCGUAUGCGGCUGCCGGCUUGCUGCCUGUUCCCAAGGAAGCCAAACACGAUGCCUUCACAGAAUGGGCCCAUCUGGUGGACGGCCUGGAGAUCUACGAGCAGAAGAUGAUCGACGGCAUCUCCGAAGAGUCCCGCAAGAUCCUCGCGUCGCCCAUCAGCGCGCCGGGCGGGAUGGCGGAGAUGCUGAGGAACGGGACCUACAUCGCGCCCCCGGAGCCCGUCUUCCUGCCGGCGAUCGAAACCGCGCUCAAGAACGUGACCACGGCGCUCUUCCUCACCCGGAUCCUCCGGGCUAUGGACGCGUUUGUGACCGUCGGCAGUGAUGUCUGCAACCACGACGGGCCGAAUGGGGCGCUGGAGGGAGAAGACAAGCUGUCGUACUGCGACCCGACGGGCACGAUGUUCAACAUCGUGCGGGUGAGCGAGGACAAGGGCAAGGCGGAGCUGGGGUUCCCGAACGCGUUCGUGAUCGAGAAUCGGCUGGGCUUCUCGACCCAGUUCCUGACGAAUGCGUCCCUCUCCUGCCAGCAGAAGUACGGGGGGUUCGAGCACUUCCCCUGGGUGAACACGACGAUCCCGAGGGACCCGGCGGCGGACUGCGUGGUCAACCUGCCGGUGUGCGACCUCCGGAACAGAACCGACGUGCACAAGACCUUGCGCCGACACGGCCUGGUGGCUGCGUGUCGCCAGAUGGGCCUGCCCAUCUGA